AUUGAAAUGGGGAGGAGUCUGACACACUGAGUUCAGUCCAGGACAGACUGAAGGACAAACAAGCAGGAAGGGGAAGACAUAAAAAAACAAGCGACAACUCUGCAAGACAAAAAAGAAUAAUAAAGCAUACUGAGAAGUACUGCCUGCGGUAGAACAAUGUCUGUGUCCUCAGCUGCCUUGGCUGCUCAACGUGUGCUUGCUGCUGCGUCACAUUCAAGCCAUGAAGGAGGAGCGAGGACCUGGAAGAUUCUGACUGCUGUGUUGGCGAUCCCUGGUGUUAGUGUGUGCAUGGUAAACGCCUACUUGAAGGGUCAGGCACACUCGCAUGAGCAGCCAGAAUUUGUGGCAUACCCUCACCUGCGCAUCCGCACCAAGAAAUUCCCCUGGGGUGAUGGAAACCACUCUCUGUUCCACAACCCUCACACCAACCCUCUGCCCGAUGGCUACGAGGGCUCCCAUCACUGAGAGAAUCAGUCACAUUUAUCAGCUGUGUUUCGCUGCUUAUUUAAACCUCUAGUCUGCAGUUAACUUGGCUUGAUUAUACUUACUGAGGGGCCAAGCAACACCGCCAUUGAGCGGUGCACCCAGACAUGAAUAAAACCAAUCUGUGCUGUGUUACAA